UCACAAUGUUUCACUUCUUCAGAAAACCCCUGGAAUCAAAAAAGCCCUCGGUACAAGAGACAGAAGCAGAUGGAUUUGUCCUUUUAGGAGAGACAGCAAAUGAGCGAAGAAUGGAAGCAAGAGGUGAAACUUCAGAUGUAGAAGGGAGUCAACCUUUGGAGACUGGCCAAGAAAACGCAUCCAGUGUGACUGUAGCAGGCUCCGAGGCGGAAAAUAAGGCAGGCCAGACUCUGGAAAACAGCUCGUUAAUGGCCGAGCUUCUGAGCGACGUGCCUUUCACCUUGGCGCCACAUGUGCUGGCCGUGCAGGGUACCGUCAGUGACCUUCCUGACCAUUUACUCUCCUAUGAUGUCAGCGAAAACUUAUCGCGGUUCUGGUAUGAUUUCAGUCUUGAAAAUUCAGUACUCUGUGAUUCAUAAUUUGUAUGUUUGUUUGCACCGUCAGAGCUUUAAAACAAAAGUUUGCCUGUUUUCUUUAACCUGUUUGGUGUUCUUUGCCAUGUCACGGUUUGGAGGCCCUCGGGAGAGCAAAGAUCAUAAAGCAAAGAAAAUAACAUUACGUGCAUCGCUCUAUUUUUUUAGAAUUAAGUAUAUUUGUAUAAAAAUUGAACUUAAGUUAUACUUCCUUUCCCUCACAUAAUAAAUAUAAAAAUUAGGCAAUCAGGGUUUUAGGAAAGGAGGAGAUUGCUGCAACUGGGCUCUCAGAAUAUAACACCUCCAAUUUAAUCUCCGAAGCACUGUGAGAAAGAACUGGGGCAUUUUUCUUAGUACUGCCAAGUCUGAAGUCUGCCCUCAGCCUGAGUAGGAGUUCUCUUCUCUGGUUUGGAGGAAGCUUGAAUUAAUGUACUUCUCUUUCUUCUUCCAAAGUGCGUAUGAAUGAAUUCAGAUAAGAAAUUGUUGCCGGUUAGCUUAAUUUCUUCACUCUUGAUUUAGACAUUGACGUGGAAAUUGAAAACUCUUCCUAAGAAGUAGUGGGAGUUUGCUGACAUAAGGAUGCUAUAACACUGCUCUGGACGCUGUUUCUCUGAGUGACACAUUUCAGUUUCCCUACACCCACGGCAGUCCUUCCCACCUGGAGGGAUCCUGCGUCCCUGCCUUUGUUUUCCGCCUUGCUGCUACUUCAGCGUGAGCUUGCUCAUGAGCUUUCCAAAGAUCUUCCCCACUCCUGCCUUAGUUGGCAUUUGCUCUCCUUCCCACGUACGUUCCCAGUAUAUGCAGAGAUCCACAUUUCUUGUCAACCUCUCUGCUCCUGAAGAAAAGCAUCUCAUGACGACACAUUUUAUUGCUGAUGAUACCGUUAUUUAGAAAUUUGUGGGCCACAAUACAGAUGGAAAUGUUUUAUUGCUAGAAAAACUGAAAUCAACUAAUUUCUAAUCAGAGUGUAGGCAGAAUACCUAGAUAUGACUUUUAGUUCUUGAAUAUCCAGUAUUUAUUCCAACUAAAACAGAAAAGAACUGCCAUUGGUCAAUAAACUGCCAAGGGAGGAGGUAAACUGUAUUUUCUGUGCCAUGUAAAAUUUAAAUUACAUUUGUUCUGAAUAGUAGCAAUACGAUUUAUUAACUGUGCCAAAUUUUAAGUAUAUGUUUCACAAAGAUAGAGUGCUAUAGCAAAACUAAACACUGUGCAUAAGGGUACAUGAAUUAUUCAAGUUUUAAUGUGUUAUGCAUGUUUGUUUAAUAAAUGUGACAUGGUGUUGAAAAAAACUGCUACAUUAUUUAAAAGAUAAAGGAACAUUUCUAUUAACAAAAACAGGCUUCAUUUACAAAUAAUGUUACCAUAUGAAGUGAAUGAUUAAAUUAUAUCUCUACAGUUUUCAUAAAGCAUCAGUCUAGCAAAUAUGACUUAUUACUGACACAAAUGUGAACAUUUUAUAGCAGUUUUUGUGAAAGCACAUCCUUUUCAAUAUCCAUGUUAAUGUACCUUACACCUAAAUGUAAGCAUCUCAUCAAUUUAUCUAAUAUAUGUUAAAUUUUGUCUUAAAUAGUUAUACAUUUCAUUUAUAUUUAUGUCUACCAUGUUAUAAAUAUGCUUAUAUGUAUUUUCAUUUGCCUACAAAAAU